ACGACACACGCUGAAAUUCAGUAAACAGUCAAGUUUAAACUCCUCAACGAGAUGCUCGCUAGCACGACUUAUAACGCGCUUUUCAAGCACGCGCAUCAGUGUUUGUGGAAACAGUAUAUAAGUCUCUUGCCGCUGACCAAUUUGCUCAACUCCCGAUCUCCUCCACGCAGCAUGUCCGACGCCGGAAGUGCCGCGAAGACCUCCGACGCCGGAAGUGCCGCGAAAGACCAGCCGGGGUCCGUGCGCAUCGGCCACCUGGACCCCCGCGACUACCACCUCCCGGUGGAAUGGGGCCGGAAGGAGGGCUGGACGGUGCGCGACAGCGACGUCAAGCUGAUCCUGGCCGUGGACCCCCGCGCCUGGUACGCCGCCAGCCUCAACAAUGAAGUGGUCUCCCUUAUGUGCGCUAUUAAUUACGAUCCCAAAUUCGCCACGGUCGGGUGUUUCAUUACGCGGGAGGACCACCGGGAGAAGGGCGAGGGCUUCGGGGUGGCGGUGUUCGAGGCGGCGCUGGAGCACACCGGCGACCGCGUCACUCAGCUGUUCGCGCAGGAGGACGUGGCGGAGAAGUACGAGAAGAAGGGAUUCGCGAAGGACGGGAAUUCCGUGGUGCAGUACGAGCGGGAGCUGGAUGACGGGUUCUGGAGGGGGUUUGAUGCGAAGGAGUUCACCGCGGAGGGUGUCCAGUUGGAGAAUAUUAACCAGACGGAUCUGGCGGACCUGGCCGCGUUCGACCGGAAGUACUUCCCGGCGUCCCGGGAGACGUUCCUCCGGGAGCUGGUGAAGGACGGGAAGAUUAGCGGGCGGGUGGCGGUGCGCGGCGGGAAGGUGGCGGGGUACGGGACGAUCCGGGAUCUGGAGGAGGGCGUGUGGAAGAUCGGGCCGCUGUACGCGGAAACACCGGAAGUGGCGGCGCACCUCUUCGCCGCGUUUCUGGACGAGAAGAAACCCCGGAAACUGCUGGUAGCGGUGCCCAUCUCCAAGAACGGCAACGCCCGGAAGUUGGUGAAGCGGUUUGGGAUGAAGGAGCAGGUGGAGGUGUUCGUCAUGUACAGGAACGGCCGCCCGGAGGGGCUGGAGGAAGCCGGGAUGUACGCGAUUACCAACGCACAAAUCGGAUAAUUUCGGGAAAGUUCAUCCAUUUAAUUAUGACUGUAGUAUUUUCUUUGGAAUCAGCAAUAAUUUUAUAAAUUUCUUGCUCCGUAAAAAAUUAACAGUUAUUCUGUUCCGGAUUCAGAAAAACAUUACUGUGUACAGAUUACAAUUUAUAUUGUUUAUUGCAAACAGGGACUUGCUGCUGCAUUGCGAAGUGUUUCGGAUAAUCGAGAACACUGAUUAAAUUUUUUUAUGAAUUAUAG